UCACUCACUCCCACCACACUUAAAAAUAGGAGAGAGAAAGAAGCGUCGGUGGGUAAGAGCUCACACACUAAAACCCCACACUAUAAUUCCGUACUUAAUUUCGGCAUUCUAUCACUUUCCUUUUUUUUAUUUUUAUUUUUAUUUUUAUUUCUUCCCCAAUUUUAUCUCUUACGUUACUCCCUUUUCUUACAAAUCAAAUCUAAAACCCUCAUUUCUCAAUCUUCAUCUCUCAAUUUCGAUCUAAUUUCUCUUCUUCAAUUCCAUUUUUUUCUGUGAUUUGGAGAGAGAGAUUGAUAAAAUUUGCUAGAUUUCGAAGAAAAUGGUGAAAUCAAUGGCCACUUUAAUGGUGGCCGUUUUUGCAGUGGUGUUGAUUUCUGGUGUUAGUCAUGUGAGAUCCGAUGCUUCCGAUCAUCGGUACAAAGCUGGUGAAGCUGUUCCUCUUUACGCUAAUAAAGUCGGCCCUUUCCAUAACCCUAGUGAAACAUACCGCUAUUUCGAUCUUCCGUUCUGUGUUCCAGAUCAUGUGAAAGAAAAGAAGGAAGCUCUGGGUGAAGUAUUGAAUGGAGAUCGUCUGGUCAGUGCUCCUUAUAAGCUUGACUUUCUAGUGGACAAAGAUUCAGAACUUAUUUGCAAGAAAAUACUGACAAAGGAAGAAGUAACUAAGUUUAGAGAUGCAGUAUCAAAAGAUUAUUACUUUCAAAUGUAUUAUGAUGAUUUGCCAAUAUGGGGGUUCCUUGGUAAAGUUGACAAGGAAGGCAAACUAGACCCAAGCGAGUACAAGUAUUAUUUGUAUAAGCAUAUUCAUUUUGACAUCUUUUACAACAAGGACCGUGUUAUUGAAAUCAAUGUUCGAACUGAUCCCAACUCUUUAGUUGACAUUACUGAGGAUAAAGAUGUCGAUGUGGAAUUUAUGUACACCGUAAAGUGGAAGGAGAUAAACACCCCUUUUGAGAAGAGGAUGGAUAAAUAUUCACAAUCUUCUUCUCUUCCUCAUCAUCUAGAGAUCCACUGGUUUUCCAUUAUUAACUCAUGUGUCACUGUACUACUCCUGACUGGAUUUCUUGCCACAAUUCUUAUGCGAGUUCUUAAGAACGAUUUUGUCAAGUAUGCACAUGAUGAGGAAACAGCAGAAGAUCAGGAAGAAACUGGAUGGAAGUAUAUCCAUGGGGAUGUAUUUAGGUUUCCAAAGUACCAAUCGUUACUUGCAGCUUCUCUUGGAUCUGGCACCCAGCUGUUUACCCUUACGUUUUUUAUAUUUCUACUUGCUUUAGUUGGAGUGUUUUACCCAUAUAACCGAGGAGCCCUGUUCACAGCCCUUGUUGUCAUUUACGCUCUCACAUCUGGAAUUGCUGGCUACACUGCAACCUCCUUUUAUUUUCAAUUGGAAGGAACAAACUGGGUAAGGAACCUGUUGUUGACGGGUUGCCUGUUUUGUGGGCCUCUGUUUCUGACCUUCUGUUUCCUAAACACGGUAGCAAUUGCAUAUCAUGCUACUGCCGCUCUUCCUUUUGGGACCAUUGUGGUGAUUCUUCUUAUCUGGACACUUGUAACAUCACCAUUGCUUGUUUUGGGUGGAAUUGCUGGAAAGAAUAGCAAAGCCGAGUUCCAAGCUCCUUGCCGUACUACAAAGUACCCCAGAGAAAUUCCACCACUACCAUGGUACCGGGGAACUCUUCCUCAGAUGGCAAUGGCUGGAUUUUUGCCUUUCAGUGCAAUUUACAUAGAGCUCUACUACAUAUUUGCCAGUGUCUGGGGUCACCGGAUUUACACUAUAUACAGCAUCUUGUUCAUCGUCUUCAUUAUAUUGAUUAUAGUCACCGCUUUCAUCACUGUGGCAUUGACAUACUUCCAACUCGCAGCUGAAGAUCAUGAGUGGUGGUGGAGAGCCUUCCUGUGUGGUGGCUCCACUGGUCUAUUUAUCUAUGGCUAUUGCUUAUAUUACUUCUAUGCGCGCUCUGAUAUGACUGGUUUCAUGCAAACAUCAUUUUUCUUCGGCUAUAUGGCUUGCAUUUGCUACGGCUUCUUCCUCAUGCUUGGAACUGUUGGUUUCCGUGCCUCACUUCUGUUCGUCCGCCAUAUUUACCGGUCUAUCAAAUGUGAAUAGCUAAGCAAUGGAACUUUAGGUUUGUGCCGGUGUCGUCUUUGUUCUGUACACCAUCACCAGUAAUGAUCCAUCUGGUGUUGUAACCGACUUCUAAUCUCAUCAGGGAGAAGUAUUCUUUUAAACUUGAUCUGCAUCUUUGCUGUUGCAGUUUUAGCUACACACGAGAUCUUGCCCCCAAAUCCUCUUCCUUAUAAAAUUGGCUGGAUGAAGAAAAUAGUUUCAGUUCUGGAGAAUUAUGUCAUGUAAUAGAAUACUAGAGUUGUAUCAAUUGUUAAGAGAUUUUUGACAUUAAUUUUCAGUUAUAUCUUAUGAAAUUUCAAAUUUGUUUA